UUUUGUUUAUUUCCUUCUAGAAUUAAUCAAUGAAUACAUCAAUGAAGAUAAAGGCUUGAGGCAGAUAUUGCCAGGCCCGCCGCCGCCACCCUUCUCACUGCUGGAGACGGUGACAACAUCCCAACUCAUACCCAGGAGCACCAAGGCUGUCAGCUCACCACAACCACAGCCAAUCGUAAACACGAUCUUAUCACAUCACAGCAUUGGGCAAGUGUUAACCGGCGGGGCAGGGAUGAAGCGUCGGUCAGGGGCGAGCCAGCCCCCCCAGCAAGUGACCCGGUGCACAGCACUGCGCAGUGGCAGUAGGAGGCUGGUCCAGCAUGAGGGGCCAGCGCUGCCCUAUGGAGACACAUGCACUCAAGGGCUGGAGGAGUUCCUGAACCUGCCCAAGCUGCUGAUCACAGAGCAGCCCAAGCAGAGGGGGAUGCGCUUUCGCUACGAGUGCGAGGGUCGCUCUGCAGGCAGCAUCCUGGGGGAGUCGAGCAGCGAGCAGAACAAAACCCUGCCCAGCAUUGAGGUGCAGGGCUGCAUUCAGCAGGUGAAGAAGGUAAAAGUGACGGUCUCGCUGGUGUGCAAAGACAUUCCUUACAGACCUCACCCGCACAGCCUCGUGGGUAAAGACUGUGAGGACGGUAUUUGUGUGGUGAGCUUCAGCCCCCGGACCAACAGGAAGCACAGCUUCUCAAACCUCGGGAUCCAGUGUGUGAGGAGGAGAGAAGUCAGGGCAGCGCUUGAGAAGAGACGCAGCCAAGGCAUUGACCCAUUCAACACUGCCCAGUCGAGGAGCAUCGAUGAUGUGGAGAUGAAUGUGGUUCGGCUGUGCUUUCAGUGCGAGGUGCUGUUCGAUUCAGGAAAAAAAAACAAUUUGACCCCUAUUGUAUCUGAACCCGUAUUCGACAAAAAGGCCACAACAACAUCGGAGCUGAAGAUAAGCCGAUUGAACACUUCCCGAGGGCCAUGCUCAGGGAAGACUGAGAUCUACCUGCUGUGUGACAAGGUGCAGAAAGACGAUAUAGAGAUUAUUUUCAGUCUGGAGGGCUGGGAGGCGAAGGCGGAGUUUGCCCAGACUGACGUCCACAGACAGAUCGCCAUCGUGUUCAAGGCCCCACCCUUUAAUGAUCUCGACAUCACCGAGGAGGUGGAGGUCAACGUGCAGCUGCGGCGCGUUUCUGACCACAUGGACAGCGAACCCGUCAAGUACACCUACCUCCCAGAAAACCAGGAUCCAUAUGAUGUAAACAGGAAGAGGAAAAUGGCACACUCGAAGUUGAAGGUAGAAAUCGACGACACAGAACAAAUAGUCCAUCUGCCAGGUCACUUCCCUGCCAGUGAUUGGUCUGCCAGACACCCACCAAACCAUCUUCCCAAUAUAAACCAGUCAGAUACUGUAUUUCUUGAAGAUGCAUUCAACAGUUAUCUCGAUGAACCCAGAUUGCAACUCGGGGACAACUUGACCCCAGAGUCAGACUUGCCUUCUUGGACUCUCUUAGAAAAUCAGGAGAUGCACGACUACAAUGAUAUCCAACUGGGUGUUGAGAAUAACAUGGACUUAACCACUACAAUGAACAUGUGCAUCCACGCCCUGGGAAAAACAAAUGACUUCUUCAACCAACCGCUUGCGUACUUUGAUCCUUCCUUCCAGCCACAACCCGUCAUGGACCAUCAGUUUCAAGCAUGUCCGAACUAUAACCUCAGCAUGAAUGGUAACAAUGAGCUGGGCCUGGGGCAAGGCAGGUUUGCAGGGUUGCUGGAGCAAAACCACAGAGACACAGAAGAGGAGAAGAACACCAAGAUGGAAGACUGAGAACCUGUGAGCAACUGCAGCCAGAAUUCAUCUGGGAUUGUUUGUUUGUAUAGAUACUUCACUCAAGGGAAGUUCAAUUGUAGCUGACAAUUUCAUUUCGCUGGCAAUUCUCAAGGCACCAGAAAGCUGAACAGGCCUUUCAAGCCUGGUGCCUGAGCUAAAGCCCAGAGGACUGCACUUGAGGAAAUGUAAGGCUUGGCUGCUUUAAGACAGAUUCAGAUAAGACUGGGUAGUAUGUGUAAACCCAAGCAUGCUAGACAACAAGGGGACCAGUGACUCUGUUGCUGCUUGGUUACAAUUGCUUUUGUACAUAGUCACAACUACAGUUCCAUUUGUGCUUGCAAUUAGAUACACCUGUUGAACUGGACAUUGUUUUAGACCAUAUGAGCUUGGAGUGGGUGGAGAAUAAAAGGGAGUUUGGGGGCUGUAUUUGAGUUGUUUUGUUACAUACCAGUAACUGACGCUCCAGGUACAAUUCUAGCCCCUCCUCUCCCCCAAGUCAUACAAUUUAAAACUGCUUACUUUAAAUAGUUUUUAGACAUUUGUAAGAGCACUGUAAAUAUUUUAAAACCAUUAAAAAAACUACAUUUGAUUUUGUCACUUUUUUUUUUUUUUGGCAAGGGAAUACUUUUUACUGGCUACUAGAAUUGCACUUCCAAUUGGAACAGCAACUACACUUAUAAGAUUGCCGAGUAUGUCAAUGACAAAACAUCUAAACCACAACAUGUUGUAUAAAAACAGAUUAGGUACAUUAACAUCAUGCUUUGUCUUUUUUUAAAAUUUUGAUUUAAUGACUUGCAAUAUGUUUAAGUGUCUGGUUUACUAGAGAUAGCCACCGAACACUUAAACAUGCAAGAAAUGUAUCUAUUAGAAGAUCUAUGUUUGUAUAUUAUUUCCAAAUUUAAACAAACAUUUGAGUAUUCUUUAUAAUUAGUCAUUUAUUACAUUUAAAAAAGGUCCGGUGUAGAACAAACCUAACGAUACCCGAUCAAAUGAUUCAUUCUGAACCAAGGAGAGCAGCACUCCUCUGUACAGGAGAACUUGUUUACUUCAGACAUCAGACAUGGUUUCCUUUGCAUGAUAUCUUUUUGAUAGUCAUUUAUAAAUGUUAUAUAAAAUGUAAAAUGUUUUAAAAUAAAUCUACGUUUUAGCAAACAUUUCUAUUUUAAAACAUGGUAUUUUGCACUACACUAGGGUAAAGAAGUCCCUGUGGUGAAACAACCUAGGAAGUGCAAGUGGAAGAGAUUUUCUGAAGGGCAAGGCAAGCAUACAUGUUCUUUCAAAACUACGAGACCUCUACAGUGAAUGCAAUUGUAUGAUAGGUAGGACUUAUGG